CGCAACCGGAGCGACCGCAGCUGUGAGCGCCGCACGCGUUGCCUUGUACUGGUCGCGGAGCAACCGCCCAGGGUUCUGUGGACUGGCUCGUGCGGAGACGCUGGUUGUGGCCGUGACUCGCCACGUGCGGCGGCGGACGGUUGGGGUUUGAAUUGAGAUUCGGCCGGAGCGCAGCUCAGCUCGCGGACAUGCCCAGAGUCAGGAAGGAGAAGUCGCGAGGACUCCGGCAGGCCGGGGGCCCAGGUAUUGUUUUCAACACUGGAAUCGGUCAGCACAUUCUGAAGAAUCCUUUAAUUGUGAAUAGCGUCAUUGAGAAGGCUGCUAUUAGACCAACAGAUGUCGUACUGGAAGUUGGCCCUGGUACAGGUAACAUGACCGUGAAGAUUCUGGAAAAGGCUAAAAAGGUAAUUGCAUGCGAACUUGAUAGCAGACUUGUUGCUGAACUACAGAAAAGAGUUCAAGGAACACCUGCUGCAAACAAACUUCAAAUAAUGGUCGGAGAUGUGCUGAAGACAGACUUGCCAUUCUUUGAUGCAUGUGUAGCAAAUUUACCAUAUCAGAUCUCGUCUCCAUUUGUUUUUAAACUGCUGCUGCACAGACCAUUCUUCAGGUGUGCAGUGUUGAUGUUCCAACGAGAAUUUGCCCUUCGACUUGUUGCAACACCAGGAGAUAAAUUAUACUGCAGGCUCUCAAUCAACACACAACUAUUGGCACGUGUAGAUCAUCUGAUGAAGGUUGGGAAAAACAACUUCAGACCACCUCCUAAAGUUGAGUCAAGUGUGGUUAGGAUAGAACCAAAGAAUCCACCUCCACCAGUGAACUUCCAGGAGUGGGAUGGUCUGGUCCGGAUAGCAUUUGUGAGAAAAAACAAGACUCUAACUGCAUCUUUUAAGUCCAGUGCAGUUCAACAGUUGCUGGAAAAAAACUACAGAAUACACUGUUCUUUGCGAAAUAUUGAAAUUCCAGAAAAUUUCAGUAUUUCUGAAAAAAUCCAGAAAAUCCUUGAAGACAGUGGUUGCAGUGAAAAACGAGCUCGAACAAUGGACAUAGAUGACUUUAUGAGAUUGCUCCAUGGUUUCAAUUCACAAGGAAUCCACUUCUCAUGAGAGUACUUUCUGCAACUUCAGUGUGGAUUUUACGUUUUACUGCAGGACAUUUAUUUAUUUUUUUUGUUGCAGUACUGAGUGAUUUUAAAUCAUUUGAGAGAAGUGCAACUUGGUUAAAUUAUAUCUAAUUAAUUUACUUUGCAAAUAAAAGUAACUGAAGUUUGCACAAAGAUGCUUGAUUAAGAAAAUAUGUAACAUCUGUAAAUAAAAUAACUUGAAAAAUGUUGCUUCCUUUAAAAACGCGUUUUUAUACUUUAUCAAGUAUGUGUUACGGGGUAACUCAGCAAUGUAUAGUUUCAAUAAUUAAGUACAAGAUUUUACUUGUAUUUCAAUAUCAAUUUCUUGUAAAAUCGUUCCUCCAAUAAAUCCAAUGGUAUUGCAA